AUGUCAAAUUCUUCCACAUUUCAUACAGUAACAACUGAGCCUACCGGUCAAUCAACCAGUCAAACUGAUGCAGCAACAUCCGAGCCUGCUGGUUCUACCUUGGUAUCUGUAUCAACGGGUCCAACUGAAUCAGUUACACCAACCGCUGCAGAGACCACUUUGCCAACUGAACCUACAGGUUCUACAGAUACAGUAACAACUGAGCCUACCGGUACCACCUCAGAAUCUCAAUCAACCAGUCAAACUGAUGCAGCAACAUCCGAGCCUGCUAGUUCUACCUUGGUAUCUGUAUCAACGGGUCCAACUGAAUCAGUUACACCAACCGCUGCAGAGACCACUUUGCCAACUGAACCUACAGGUUCUACAGAUACAGUAACAACUGAGUCUACCGGUACCACCUCAGAAUCUCAAUCAACCAGUCAAACUGAUGCAGCAACAUCCGAGCCUGCUGGUUCUACCUUGGUAUCUGUAUCAACGGGUCCAACUGAAUCAGUUACACCAACCGCUGCAGAGACCACUUUGCCAACUGAACCUACAGGUUCUACAGAUACAGUAACAACUGAGCCUACCGGUACCACCUCAGAAUCUCAAUCAACCAGUCAAACUGAUGCAGCAACAUCCGAGCCUGCUGGUUCUACCUUGGUAUCUGUAUCAACGGGUCCAACUGAAUCAGUUACACCAACCGCUGCAGAGACCACUUUGCCAACUGAACCUACAGGUUCUACAGAUACAGUAACAACUGAGUCUACCGGUACCACCUCAGAAUCUCAAUCAACCAGUCAAACUGAUGCAGCAACAUCCGAGCCUGCUGGUUCUACCUUGGUAUCUGUAUCAACGGGUCCAACUGAAUCAGUUACACCAACCGCUGCAGAGACCACUUUGCCAACUGAACCUACAGGUUCUACAGAUACAGUAACAACUGAGCUUACCGGUACCACCUCAGAAUCUCAAUCAACCAGUCAAACUGAUGCAGCGACAUCCGAGCCUGCUGGUUCUACCUUGGUAUCUGUAUCAACGGGUCCAACUGAAUCAGUUACACCAACCGCUGCAGAGACCACUUUGCCAACUGAACCUACAGGUUCUACAGAUACAGUAACAACUGAGCCUACCGGUACCACCUCAGAAUCUCAAUCAACCAGUCAAACUGAUGCAGCAACAUCCGAGCCUGCUGGUUCUACCUUGGUAUCUGUAUCAACGGGUCCAACUGAUUCAGUUACAUCAACCACUGCAGAGACUACUUUGCCAACUGAACCUACAGGUUCUACAGAUACAGUAACAACUGAGCCUACCGGUACCACCUCAGAAUCUCAAUCAACCAGUCAAACUGAUGCAGCAACAUCCGAGCCUGCUGGUUCUACCUUGGUAUCUGUAUCAACGGGUCCAACUGAAUCAGUUACACCAACCGCUGCAGAGACCACUUUGCCAACUGAACCUACAGGUUCUACAGAUACAGUAACAACUGAGCCUACCGGUACCACCUCAGAAUCUCAAUCAACCAGUCAAACUGAUGCAGCAACAUCCGAGCCUGCUGGUUCUACCUUGGUAUCUGUAUCAACGGGUCCAACUGAAUCAGUUACACCAACCGCUGCAGAGACCACUUUGCCAACUGAACCUACAGGUUCUACAGAUACAGUAACAACUGAGCCUACCGGUACCACCUCAGAAUCUCAAUCAACCAGUCAAACUGAUGCAGCAACAUCCGAGCCUGCUGGUUCUACCUUGGUAUCUGUAUCAACGGGUCCAACUGAAUCAGUUACACCAACCGCUCCAGAGACCACUUUGCCAACUGAACCUACAGGUUCUACAGAUACAGUAACAACUGAGCCUACCGGUACCACCUCAGAAUCUCAAUCAACUAGUCAAACUGAUGCAGCAACAUCCGAGCCUGCUGGUUCUACCUUGGUAUCUGUAUCAACGGGUCCAACUGAAUCAGUUACACCAACCGCUGCAGAGACCACUUUGCCAACUGAACCUACAGGUUCUACAGAUACAGUAACAACUGAGCCUACCGGUACCACCUCAGAAUCUCAAUCAACCAGUCAAACUGAUGCAGCAACAUCCGAGCCUGCUGGUUCUACCUUGGUAUCUGUAUCAACGGGUCCAACUGAAUCAGUUACACCAACCGCUGCAGAGACCACUUUGCCAACUGAACCUACAGGUUCUACAGAUACAGUAACAACUGAGUCUACCGGUACCACCUCAGAAUCUCAAUCAACCAGUCAAACUGAUGCAGCAACAUCCGAGCCUGCUGGUUCUACCUUGGUAUCUGUAUCAACGGGUCCAACUGAAUCAGUUACACCAACCGCUGCAGAGACCACUUUGCCAACUGAACCUACAGGUUCUACAGAUACAGUAACAACUGAGCUUACCGGUACCACCUCAGAAUCUCAAUCAACCAGUCAAACUGAUGCAGCGACAUCCGAGCCUGCUGGUUCUACCUUGGUAUCUGUAUCAACGGGUCCAACUGAAUCAGUUACACCAACCGCUGCAGAGACCACUUUGCCAACUGAACCUACAGGUUCUACAGAUACAGUAACAACUGAGCCUACCGGUACCACCUCAGAAUCUCAAUCAACCAGUCAAACUGAUGCAGCAACAUCCGAGUCUGCUGGUUCUACCUUGGUAUCUGUAUCAACGGGUCCAACUGAAUCAGUUACACCAACCGCUGCAGAGACCACUUUGCCAACUGAACCUACAGGUUCUACAGAUACAGUAACAACUGAGCCUACCGGUACCACCUCAGAAUCUCAAUCAACCAGUCAAACUGAUGCAGCAACAUCCGAGCCUGCUGGUUCUACCUUGGUAUCUGUAUCAACGGGUCCAACUGAUUCAGUUACAUCAACCACUGCAGAGACUACUUUGCCAACUGAACCUACAGGUUCUACAGAUACAGUAACAACUGAGCCUACCGGUACCACCUCAGAAUCUCAAUCAACCAGUCAAACUGAUGCAGCAACAUCCGAGCCUGCUGGUUCUACCUUGGUAUCUGUAUCAACGGGUCCAACUGAAUCAGUUACACCAACCGCUGCAGAGACCACUUUGCCAACUGAACCUACAGGUUCUACAGAUACAGUAACAACUGAGCCUACCGGUACCACCUCAGAAUCUCAAUCAACCAGUCAAACUGAUGCAGCAACAUCCGAGCCUGCUGGUUCUACCUUGGUAUCUGUAUCAACGGGUCCAACUGAAUCAGUUACACCAACCGCUGCAGAGACCACUUUGCCAACUGAACCUACAGGUUCUACAGAUACAGUAACAACUGAGCCUACCGGUACCACCUCAGAAUCUCAAUCAACCAGUCAAACUGAUGCAGCAACAUCCGAGCCUGCUGGUUCUACCUUGGUAUCUGUAUCAACGGGUCCAACUGAAUCAGUUACACCAACCGCUCCAGAGACCACUUUGCCAACUGAACCUACAGGUUCUACAGAUACAGUAACAACUGAGCCUACCGGUACCACCUCAGAAUCUCAAUCAACUAGUCAAACUGAUGCAGCAACAUCCGAGCCUGCUGGUUCUACCUUGGUAUCUGUAUCAACGGGUCCAACUGAAUCAGUUACACCAACCGCUGCAGAGACCACUUUGCCAACUGAACCUACAGGUUCUACAGAUACAGUAACAACUGAGCCUACCGGUACCACCUCAGAAUCUCAAUCAACCAGUCAAACUGAUGCAGCAACAUCCGAGCCUGCUGGUUCUACCUUGGUAUCUGUAUCAACGGGUCCAACUGAAUCAGUUACACCAACCGCUGCAGAGACCACUUUGCCAACUGAACCUACAGGUUCUACAGAUACAGUAACAACUGAGCCUACCGGUACCACCUCAGAAUCUCAAUCAACCAGUCAAACUGAUGCAGCAACAUCCGAGCCUGCUGGUUCUACCUUGGUAUCUGUAUCAACGGGUCCAACUGAAUCAGUUACACCAACCGCUGCAGAGACCACUUUGCCAACUGAACCUACAGGUUCUACAGAUACAGUAACAACUGAGCCUACCGGUACCACCUCAGAAUCUCAAUCAACCAGUCAAACUGAUGCAGCAACAUCCGAGCCUGCUGGUUCUACCUUGGUAUCUGUAUCAACGGGUCCAACUGAAUCAGUUACACCAACCGCUGCAGAGACCACUUUGCCAACUGAACCUACAGGUUCUACAGAUACAGUAACAACUGAGCCUUACCGGUACCACCUCAGAAUCUCAAUCAACCAGUCAAACUGA